AUGUUAAUCGACCAUCUUGCGACGGAGCUUUUGCUCCAUAUUUUCCGUUCUUGCGACAGAGUCUCUGAUGUCCUUAAUUUGGCUGCAACCUGCCGGCGAUUUCGGCGUGUCUUCAACCAAUCCAACAAGCUACAAAUACUCAUUAGCAUCGCGGAAGUCGAAUUCGGGCCGCUCGAGGAUGCAGUCCAACUCGUCACGCACAAUGCAAGUCAGUCGGCGCACAUCAUGCGCAAAUUGCCUAUGUCCGAAUCGCUUCUGAAACAGGUGGUUCAGGUCGGGCUCGUGGCUCGGAAAUGGGAGGCCAUCUACCCAGUCAAGAAAUGGAAGGCUGAUUUCGAAGAUCGGCGCUCGCUCACUGAUGAUGAACGAUUCCGCUUGCGUCGCGCGGUCUACCGCUUGUGGUUAUAUCACCGUGCGUUCCAUACGUGCAACUUUGACCGUUUCUCCCGGAGCCUUCGCCAUGUCGUCACCGAGCGCGCACAGCUCCUGCAUAACUGGUCCACACUCGAAUUGGCAGAAGUCGAGGACGUCCGCUUGAUUAUCACAGACAUCGUGCAGAACCAUAUCUGCCCCAGUAAUGGGACGAUCCAGCGCAAGUUCCGUAAGCGAUAUCCAGAGAGCAAUCAUCAAUUGUCAUUCAAUAUCCAUCUGAAUUAUCCGCCACCGAGUACUCAUGGCGAUUUGACCGGAUCAUCGGACAAGAAGUACCAGUCAAUAGAUCAGUAUUUUUAUUCCGCUCACCCUGCGAGUGCGAGAGAGUCACCGGCAAAAUACAGGUCGCGAUUCCGCAAUGAUUUCUUCCAUGACCCCGGGUAUGAAGGCUGGGGCGACGAGAUCCCCCAUUACUACGUCGUUCAGGACAUGAUGAAGCUUGACCCAGGGCAGGUUCUCUGGCUGCGUGAACAUGCGCCUAUGAAAGACCAAGUAGAAGCAUUUAUCCGAUCCUUGGGUGACUGGUUUCGCGACAACGGAGAGACCUUCGGAGAGACACUUGAGUGGGUGAUGAAUGAGCGGGGCGAUGACAUUAAGGAAUUCCGGGCUGCGAUAGCAGAUAGAGCGGUGGGAAUCUCUCAGCAUGAGACUGCUCGCCCAAACAGGACACCCGAAAUCCAGUAA